AUGAGACGGAUUGAAGCGGGGCGCAGUACCGUUGCGGGAGAUGGCCAGAUUAUGUCGGAAGUCGCUUGUUCGUCGGAGAGACCGACGCCUUCAAGGAGGUUGGAGUUUAGUUGCGAUUCGGCUGUGGUGAAGGGUGUGACUGACGCUAGACGAGCGUGGGAAAAAGAUGUCACAGCAUUUCUUGUGUCUCAGUCGCACAUGUCGUUGGCACGCGAUCCGCUGCUUGAAUUGAAGCUUGACGACAGUCAGGAGGGAGUUGAGAGAAGGGAGCGGGGCGGCGUGUCGUCGAUGCCGUCGCCGCUGGCUGCUGGGAACCCGAUGGAGGUGCUGCAGCAGCGGUCGUCGCGGCUUCAUGAUGAUUUUAAGUUUGAGAAAAGGCACCUUUGCACAGGUGAAAUGCCCGAGAGCAAACCACCGCCUUGCGCUUGUGCGAGCCGUGCAGCAGAGGAGGAAGAAGAGCAAGUUGUCAGUGGCCGUGGCGUUGUUUAUUCCGAUGCCGGCAUGUUUAAUCCUUAUAAUUUGAACGAAGGUGUGACGAGAAUGGAGCGUGACUGCUCAAGCCCGUGCCUUAUUCCUACCCCAGAGAGCCACACACUUGGGCCUCAAGGCGUCUCUCAGGCUACCACGGACUGUGCGCCCACUCUGGUUGUGCGGGAGUUUUCGUCAUGUCAAGGAGCAAACACCGGUCCACCCCGCCCCUGUAACGCGGAGGAGCAGCAAGACGCCGUGGCCGGUGAUGGCUGCACGGGAGAGGCAUUACAGGAGUCUGGCGAUGAGGGCUGCGGUGAGGGUGCUGUACCGCCUGGUGAUUCUGCUGAGGGGGUCUUAGUUCUUUGCGAACGACAUGAUGUGGUGGGGCGGGGAGAGGUGGGUGGAAAGAAGCAGAACUGGAGUUUGCACCUGCCGUCAAUUCAACCGAAAGGAAAAAAUGGUGGCGAUGUGGAAGAGGAUGCUCCAUUAUUUCAUCGUGUGCCGGCUGUGAGGCGCAAGGCUGCUGCGGGAGCAGCCUCCACGAUGGAUCUCUCAAGAACCCGAUACACGGAGGGCAUGCGAGUUGAAGGAAAGUGGGGUUGUCAAUGGUUUGGCGCAGUAGUUACGGAGCAGGAAAAGAAUGGCUACGUGCAAAUUCGCUGGGACGCCGAUGGUUCCUUAUUGCAUGUCAAACUGCGGGAAAUUCGUCCACUGCAAGAAAAGGAGAGGAAGAAUGGGACGAAGGAAAGGAAUCUCGUAAGCUCGAAUUCCGUCAUGACGGCGACUCAGUUGGUGGAGAUUAUGGAUAAUGAGACUCCAAAUAAGCUUUCGUUGAAGGAGGAGUUGGGGCCAACUCCCUGGGACACAGUGGAUUUGGUAAACCCAUCGUCCCUCACACUUUAUCUGACACCGACGGCGCACUCACGCUUAGCAGGAAAAGUUUCUGCUCUCACUAAGCUGAAGGAGCGAGGGACUUUGGUAGUGGAGUCUCCUGCACAGUUAGAACCCAGCGCAUUGGCAGCGUCCGCUGGCGAGCGGCGGCCGGAGCCGCGCAUGUCUUUUUUCGUCGUUGCCGAUGAGGAUGUGGAGGAAGACGAUGGGAUUAUGAUCGCAGUGGCGCACGCUAUGGGACUUUCUACCAUUUCUUUGCGGUGGCUGGAAGAGCUUGAGAUAGAUGUCGCGGAUGAGUGUCAACAGGUGCGCGUUCCCAAGCUGAAAGACCUUAUUGGGCAAGGCAGUGAUGCGCGUGUGCGAUGGCGGCUGCUUCCAUUGAAGGAAGAACGAUUUCUCAGCAAGAAGCGGGUUUACCUCGCAGGAGACGACGCCGAGGUCGCAUUUCUUCUCCAAGUCUGUGGAGCCACAGUCACGCUUCAACCACCAAUGGAUGGGGACUCUCCCCCGCAUUAUGUGUACGUGGCUCCUGGGAGGCGGGCGCGGAUAACUCCUGGCAUCUCGUCUGUGGCAUUGCUGGAAAAAUCAUGGUUGCUUCACCGCAUCCACGAGUUCUUCCUUGCGCUCCCCCCGCCGCGGCGGGACAGCAGUAGCACGGGCGUGGUCGGCAAUUUACUUCUUGCUGGCCCGGUAUCCGGUGUCAAGCGCCCCAGAGAAGAGGAGGAGGAGAGGAUGGAGACGAAACCGAAUUUGGCGGAAGCCGUCCCUUCAUCGACGGCAGUUGCAGUUUCAGGGUCGAGUCGUGUGAUGGCUUCCUCGAGUACUGAGGCGCUGCCGGUGUUGGAGGGCGAAGACUACUACUUUCGCGUGCCGCAGGUGAGCAAAUACAAGAUGGAUGCUAGGAGAAGAAAUGAAGCACCGGUGGUGGAACUGGGGCGCGUGGUGCGUAUUGUUGGGGGUGGCAUCGUGACAAUGCGGAUAUACGAGGUGAAGCACCGGGUUUUGCGACAAAACCCCCGCACAGGAUGCCUUGAGAACCAGACAUCUGUGUACUUGGGUUUACGCGCCGCAAACGUAACGGUGGCGGACCUCAUCUUCAGCAUCCCUGUCUACGUUGUCGAUGCCUCGCAGAUGCAGCACGUAUAUGUGCUUGAAUCCCCCCCAAGGAGUGUAGAUGCAUCCGCCGGCAGUGGUGUCGAGGGCCAGAAAACUCAACUGAUGAAAACAGAGGACGAGGAAGUGUCAAACUGGCAGUGUAUGGACGAUAAAGCUUCUCUUUCUGUGUGCCCCGCCGGACUGUCGUCUGGUUCGGUGCCAUUGGGCGUGCACACACGCUCUGGUAACCAGGAGAGUCGUGUGCUCAAGGAAAUUAUAGUGAACGGUUGGCAAAUACGUCCUGGCGUGGAUGUUUGGUUUCAUGACCACUUUUCCUCGGCGCAGAUGGCGAGCUCCUCCUCCGAAAGAAGAAGUAAGGGGCGUGUGCAGACGAUUCAGUGUGUGGCGGCCGGCGUGGUAUUGGUCGUGCAUCGGAAAAAUUCAAUUGAGGACGCCGACGGGUCGAGGGUGGCCGUGAUCACACCAGACAUGGUGACGGCGUUGGCGUAG